UCCGCGGGAGGACCGGGAGCAGUGAGCGCGGAUGGAGCGCGGUGUAACCCGGGCCCGAGGCACCGCCGAGCCGCACACAGCUCCGGGACGCGCCGCUUCUCCGCACACAGAGCCGGGUCUAGCGGCUGGAGCGAGCGGGGCAGACUGACCGCACACACACACACACACACGGAGCAUGGGCUCGCAGACGCUGCAGAUCCUCAGGCAGGGGGUCUGGGCUUCCGUCACGGGCGGCUGGUACCACGACCCCCACCAGAACACCUUCGUCAACGCGCUGCACCUCUACAUCUGGCUCUUCCUGCUCUGCUUCCCUUUCACUCUCUACAUGGCCCUCCCCCCCACCAUGCUGAUAGUGGGCGUGUACUGUGGAGUGGUGGGCGGAGUGUUUACACUGUUAAAGGUGGUGAACUAUCGACUCCACACCGCGCUGGACGAGGGGGAAGUACUGGAGUCCGCGCAGCAACGAGAUGCCACACACACACACCCAGACGAGUCCAGUGGGUCCGGGGAUCCUGGAGGAGGAAUCGAGUUGGCUGAUUUUGUCAGAGAGGAAACUCCACCAGUCGCCUGCAGCUCACGUAACUCCUACACAGGCAUGGACUCCAACCUGCAGAUCACUUCCUGUCGUGGAGGUCCAGCUGCAGUAAAAGCAGGUGUUGUUGGAAAGACCUCAGAUGAGUUGAGUUUGAGUUUAGCGCCGAGCUGUAGUCAGGAACAAGAUCUGACGUCAGACCCAAAGAUCUACGGCCUCAUCUCCAACGACUCUUUUGCCUCCAUGCAGCCUUCCACCUCACUGGCUCAGGACCUGUACAGCUCCACCCCUCACCCCUUCAGCCAAUCACUGUCCUCCUGCGACACAGAAAUCCCCGCCCACUCCCAGUCUUUCAGGAAGGAGUCGACUCGACCCCGUGGCCUCCCUCGUACGUCGAGCUCGGCCUUUCCCGAUCCUUCCAUCCCGGACUUCGGCCUUUACCCCCCGUCCCGGCGUAGUGGACUCGACCCCGUGUGUGAACUGGACACGCCGCGGCCACAGGGGGCGCUACAGAGCGGGGACACGGCCGUCCCCUCCACUUCGGGACUGGACUGCUGUAAGCACCAUAAAAGGGAAAGGCGCAAACUGGCUCGGUCCGUUUCGAGAGAGACGGGGGAGGAAUGUCCGGGUGAGUGCGGACUGUACCAGGUGGAGGGGUUCCGUGGGGGGGUUUCGGGAGGAAGCAGGAGGAAAAGACGAGGAGAGAAAAGCAUGGAAAGCUUGCGAAGUCUGAGUACACGCAGUAGCGGCUCGACGGAGAGCUACUGCAGCGGGACUGACCGCGACACGCACAGCACGCUGAGCAGUCUGCACAGCGAACAGACGAGCUCCACCCACGUCGAGAGUCUCAUAUCGCUCUCGUUGGACGAGGGCGGGACAACGGAACCUAGCAUAACCUCAGGAGAGGGCAACAAAAACCCGCACGCUAACGAAAUUAGCCCUAAAGCGGUUAGUGCUACUGAACCGGCGACUCCUAAAAACACAUCACAGACCACCAGCCACGAAGGGGAGGAGCUUAAAAAGGACGAGGGUGGGGUAAGGACAAGCCCAGAAGCCUCUGCGGUCUCCACACACCUCUGUAAGGAGGCGGAGCAUGACGAUGCCAAGCCCAAAUCAGCCAGCCACUCUGAUGCCAACCACAGCGGGCGGCGACGCAGCUCUAAGAAACGAGCUAGCAGUUUCGACGCUGCCCGUUACCAUGACUACACCUACUUCCGCGGCAUAGCGAAGCCUCGCUCGGCUGUAUUCGCUAAAAACGACGAGGACUCAAGUGACCUGAGUGAGCUUAGCCACACCUCCAGCCUCAACUCAGCCAAUCGCACUGAGCUAAGCCACACCCCCAGUACGUCCCAGAAGAAAGAGAAAGAAAAGGAGAGAGAUAGGGGGAAGAAGCGAGCGUCUCGGCGUACCGCCAGCACAGGAAGUGCCAAAGUUCAGCUGCGUAAAUGCGCCAAUGAGCCGCACCACCUGGGGGCGCCGGUCGACCCUCGACCCCUCAGCACCUCCAAAUCCGACCUGGAGGCCAAAGAGGGAGAGGUGCUGGACGCCGCCUCGCUACUGGGCCGAGCCAGCCAUCUGGAGUCCGUCACUCGCUCCAGGAACAGUUUACCCUGUCCAAUUAGCAUCACCGACACACACGACACAGCCAGGGGUAACGAGGACGCCGUGACAUUCAGACGUGAGCGCAGCACGUUCCGCCGUCAGGCUGUACGGAGACGCCACAACGCCGGAAGCAGCACCGCCUCCAUCAUCGCAUCACCGCUCAGUCUUCAGGAAGCACUCAGUCAGGUGUCUCAGGCUUCCUCUGGGUCACAGGUCAAAGGUCAGAUGAGCACUAGCGCCUCCCUGCUGGUCAGGAAUGGAAGUGCACACCUGGAGGGUUUACAGGAUAAAGCGUCCACUGUCGGGUUGCAUGAAGACUUUGGUAAGCUAACUCCCUCUCUGUACGAAGUGGGAGGAUGUGAUGUGUCUCUCGUUAACUUUGAGCCGGCGACCAGACGACCGUCCAACAAUGUGUGGGAUACAGACUCACACCUCUCCAGUUCUACCUCAGUUCGCUCCUACCCUCAUGACGUGAUGAUUCCUAACUGUUCGCUGCCGAUGGACACGGACCUGCAGGAGGCACCGCGCAGCUCGCACGAGCCGACACACAAACACACUCACACACACUCACGCUCACACACCAACACACACAAAGCCAAGCAGUACUAUCGCUUCUCCCUGCUGCCAUACCUGUGGGUGGGCCUGCGCUUCGACAGACUCACACUGCUCGCCCUGUUCGACAGGAACCGUGAGGUCCUAGAGAACAUCCUGGCCGUGGUUCUGGCGGUGCUGGUGGCCUUCCUGGGCUCGGUUCUGCUCAUUCACGGCUUCUUCACCGACAUCUGGGUCUUCCAGUUCUGCCUCGUCAUCGCCAGCUGCCAGUACUCACUGCUGAAGAGUGUUCAGCCGGACUCCUCCUCUCCUCGACACGGUCAUAACCGGAUCAUAGCGUACAGCAGGCCCGUGUAUUUCUGUGUGUGUUGUGUUCUGAUCUGUUUGUUCCACUACGGCGGCGUGAGCUCCAGCUCCAACACACACACUCUGUAUGGAGUCACACUCAGCUCGUCACUGCUGCUCAGCUCCACACGGGACCUCGUCAUCGUCUUCAUCCUGUGUUUCCCAUUUAUCUUCUUCGCCGGACUCCUCCCUCAGGUCAACACUUUCCUCAUGUACCUGUUUGAGCAGAUCGACAUCCAUCUGUUUGGUGGAAAUGCAUGUACCAGUCUCCCCUCGUCCAUAUAUAGUGUGGUGAGGAGCGUGGUUACCGUGACGAUGCUGUACGGUUUCUGCUACGGAUCACUGCAGGAGCCGUGGGACCCUCAGCACAUCCCGGUGCUGUUCUCGGUGUUCUGCGGCCUGCUCGUCGCCGUGUCCUAUCACCUCAGCCGCCAGAGCAGCGACCCCACCGUCCUCAUCUCUCUGAUUCAGACGAAGGUUUUCCCGAGCGUGGCGAAGGAUCAGAACCCUGAGGACCCGCUGUCUGAGGUACAGGACCCUCUACCGGAGAAACUCAGGAGCUCUGUGAAUGAGAGGCUGCAGUCUGAUGUGAUCAUGUGUGUUGUCAUCGCUGUGCUCUACUUCGCUAUUCAUGUCAGCACCGUCUUCCUCGCCCUGCAGCCAUUCCUGAGUUACGUGCUGUACGGCCUGGUGGGGGCGCUGGGGUUCUUCACACACUACCUCCUGCCCCAGAUGAGGAAACAGCUGCCCUGGUUCUGCUUCUCACACCCGCUGCUCAAAACCAGAGAGUAUUACCAGUUCGAGGUGCACGGUGCGGCUCAUGUGAUGUGGUUUGAGUGGCUCCACCUCUGGCUGCUCUUUGUGGAAAAGAACGUUCUUUAUCCUCUCGUUAUUCUUAAUGAACUCAGCAGAAGCGCGCAGGAACUCGCCAGCACCAAGAAGCUCACCACAGAGGUGGGGGCCGUGGUGUUGAGUGUGUCAGGGUUGAAGUUGUUGCGUUCGUGCUUCAGCAGUCCGGGGUCUCAGUACGUCACCGUCCUCUUCACCGUCCUCUUCUUCACCUUCGACUAUCGCCACCUGUCUGAGACGCCGCUGCUCGACCUCUUCAUCAUGUCCAUCAUCUUCAGCAAGCUGUGGGAGCUCCUGAAUAAGCUGCGCUUUGUUUACACCUACAUCGCUCCGUGGCAGAUCACCUGGGGUUCAGCCUUCCACGCCUUCGCUCAGCCCUUUGCUGUACCACAUUCGGCCAUGUUGUUCGUGCAGGCGAUGGUGUCGGCCGUCUUCUCCACCCCACUCAACCCGUUUCUGGGCAGCGCCAUCUUCAUCACGUCCUACGUCCGACCCGUUAAAUUCUGGGAGAGAGAUUACAAUACAAAGCGGGUGGAUCACUCCAACACCAGAUUGGCAUCUCAACUAGACAGGAAUCCAGGUUCUGAUGAUAACAACCUGAACUCGAUCUUCUAUGAGCACCUGACGCGCUCCCUGCAGCACUCUCUGUGUGGGGAUCUGCUGCUGGGCCGCUGGGGGAGUUUCAGCACCGGGGACUGUUUCAUCAUGGCCUCCGAUUACCUCAACGCCCUCGUACACCUCAUCGAGAUCGGCAACGGCCUCGUCACCUUCCAGCUCCGCGGCCUGGAGUUCAGAGGUACGUACUGCCAGCAGAGGGAGGUGGAGGCCAUCACCGAGGGCGUGGAGGAGGACGAGGGCUGCUGCUGCUGUGAUGUGGGUCACCUGCCCCACCUGCUGUCCUUCAACGCCGCGUUCGUCCAGCGCUGGCUCGCCUGGGAGGUCCUGCUGGCCAAGUACACCUUACAGAGCUACAGCAUCACGGAGAACAGCGCCGGGGCCAUGCUGCAGGUCUACGAGCUCCGCCAGAUCCUCACCACAUACUACGUCAAGGGAAUAAUUUACUACGUGGUUGCGUCUCCGAAGCUGGAGGACUGGCUCUCCAAUGAUGCCAUGAUGGAGGGGUUGAAGACCUGCAGUGACAGGAACUACGUCGACCUUGACCCGACCUUUAACCCCAACAUUGACGAGGACUACGACCACCGUCUGGCGGGAAUCUCCAGAGACAGUUUCUGUUCUGUUUACCUCAGCUGGAUCCAGUACUGCAACUCACAGAGACAGAAGCCGUUGGAGAGUGAAAAAGACUCAGCGUUGGUGUCAUUGUGUUUUGGUCUGUGUGUGUUGGGGAGGAGAGCGCUCGGGACUGCAGCUCAUCACAUGUCCAGUAAUCUGGAGUCGUUCCUCUACGGCCUCCACGCCCUGUUUAAAGGAGAUUUCCGGAUCUCGUCUGUGCGGGACGAGUGGAUUUUUGCCGACAUGGAGUUGCUGAGGAGAGUCGUCGUCCCGGGAAUACGCAUGUCCCUCAAACUGCACCAGGAUCACUUCACGUCUCCGGAUGAGUAUGACGAGCCGUCUGUGCUGUACGAGGCGAUCAUGUCUCACGAGCGGACGCUAGUCAUCGCUCACGAGGGCGACCCGGCGUGGCGCAGCGCCGUGCUGUCCAACGCCGCAUCACUCCUGUCCCUGCGCCACGUCCUCAACGAGGGAACCAACGAGUACAAGAUCAUCACCCUGAACCGCAGAUACCUCAGCUUCAGGGUCAUCAAGGUGAAUCAGGAGUGUGUUCGAGGCCUGUGGGCGGGGCAGCAGCAGGAGCUGGUGUUCUUGCGGAACAGGAACCCCGAGCGCGGAAGCAUCCAGAACGCCAAGCAGGCACUGAGGAACAUGAUCAACUCGUCAUGUGACCAGCCGAUCGGUUACCCCAUCUACGUCUCCCCCCUCACCACCUCCUACUGCAACACACACACUCAGCUCUCACACACACUGGGAGGAGCCAUCAGCAUCGCCAGCAUCCGACACUUCAUUAUCAGCACUUGGCACAGGUUGCGUAAAGGCUGUGGAGCGGGGUGUAACAGCGGAGGCAAUGUAGAGGAGUGUGACAUCGGCAGUUCUGGGAACACAAACGACACACACCACAGAUUGACCAGCAUUCAACAUUCGCACACUCCUCACUCACUGGGAACCAGUCAGAGCUCCCAGUCUGUGCGUUCGUCUCUGGUGCGUCACUCUCCCACCCGCUCGUCUGUGGCCAGUCAGUCUUCAUCACUCCGUUACAACAGCAACGCUGAGCCGACGCUGUGCAAGAGACACACACUCACUCACACACACACACUCGCCGGCCUCCUCGAUCAUCAUCACCAUCAUCACCAGCAACUCAGGAGAGAGGACAUCUCCUACAGAGUACAGAUAGUGGAUGUGAAUCAGGUGUUGGAUGUGAUUAAUCUGUCGAAGCGGAAGGAGCUGCUGUGGCCUGACGAGUCAAUGAGGUUGAGGGCGGGGCCGAGCUGCUGGAGAGACUGGGGCCCUCUGGAGGGCAUGGAGGGUCAUGUGAUUCACCGCUGGAUGCCUUGCAGUCGUGACCCACUGACCCGCUCCCCCAUAGAUAAAUCCAUCCUGCUGGUUCAGGUGGAUGAUAAACUGGUUCCCAUUAUAGAGACUGGAGUGAUUGAACUAGGAGCAGAAGUGUAAACACACACACACACACACACACACACACACAGGGUAUCAAACACAGAUUCACACCUCAUCCACUCGUAAAGUGAUGAUUUUGGAAAAGCCUCAUGCUCCUCCGUCUGGGUUUGUGCUGCUGUUCUGUGAUACACUCGCUCCGUAGCAGACAAACACAUCUGAUCAUGGUGGCCUUUUAACAUUUGAUCAUUUCAUUGUGCGCUAUAGAGACGUGUAUGACACUAACACACGUCUAAAGCUUCUGCGUGUGUGUGUGUGUGUGUGUGUGUUGGGGGCGGGGCUAUAUCACCAUCCCGUCCCACAUCUCAGCAUGUCUGUGAAUCUAGAGAACUCAGAGUGUGUUUGGUUCAUUCAGAACAGCUAGCUUGUGUGUGUGUGUGUUUUAUGGAUCUGUUUUGCGUUCGAUUCGAGGUCGUAAUUGGAGCUGGUAAUUUCUAUCAACUCGCUCAACUUUGAGUUUCAGGUGACAUCACUCCGACACAGAGACGCUCAGAGCAUCAGCAUAAACACAGCAGCGCUUCUUCCCUUUAUACAGAUCUACUGUACGUACAUGUCUCAGCUUUACAUUGUUCUUUCACACAUACACACACACACCCUGAGUGUUCUUGGUCAUCUAGAGCACAGCACAGAGCAUUAGCUAUGUUUCUGUGACCGGGAGAUGGUAUGAGAGAUAAAUCCAACAUGCCAACUAUUCAACAUGGGUUCAGUGUGUCUGCCAGUAACAGGUUAGUUUAUUAAGCGUUUCUUUAAGCUUUUUUUGUGUUCUUGUAAGACUAAUGAUAGAAGUUGCACUACCGCCACCUACAGGACAGUCUAAAUUGCUCGAUAUUUUCUGUAGCGUGUGUGUUGUGUGUGUGAGAAAGAGACAGGGCUGUGUCCUGCCUGUUGCUCUGCUGCAUGACACACUGACACACCCACACACCAUGCUAUAAAGCUUUGAGUUCUCAGUGUAAAGGUGACACUUUGCUGUCAGUCCUCGUGUCCAUGACGUUAUAAUCCGCUCUCAGUGCCCUUUUAAAGAUGUUUAACUCAUCGCACCGCGAGACCCUGUGGACUACAGCAGCACUAACAGGACAAAGAUUAAACCGCACUGCGGCGUGCCUGUAGGGGGCGCUAAAGGGGCGCUUCACGGGCAGUGUGAACAUUAUGGACCAGACAAAUGUCUGAGUAUCAGUGCAGCUUCUACACUAACGAUGCAGCGUGUACAGACUUCAGUUCUUAUUCACUUUGUGAGGAGUCCAGACGAGUGCGUCUCACGCUGAGAUUUUACUAUAUUCCUGAAAGUUCCGAAAAUCAUCAUUGAUAAUCAAAAAUAUCGUGCAUCAGACAAGCGUUUGUUCGAGCCUGUAUUUCGGGGCUUUUUUGCAUCUAUAUUCUGCCACCUCAUGUUUACAGAUCAUUAAGGACUUUGAUUACAGCCUUCUAGAGUUUAUGAAGAUUUAAAGCAUUAUUAAUGAAUGUGCUUUAUAGGACGUGUCAGAUUUUCUUUUAUUUCUAUGCAUUUUGUCAGGACUGACUUUCUUAAACACAAACACACACACACAAACAAUCAUGGACUUCAUAGAAAGUCAUCGUUUGUUUCCCUUGUUUACAAUGACGCUUUAAUUUUUGUAUUGUUGUUAUUAUUAUUAUUAUUUUUUUAUUUUUUUAUUUUGCCAAACAUGCUCUCCACACAGUCUAUGAUAUAGCAAAAUGUUAUUAGUAGAAUCACUUGUAUUAUAAACAAUAAUAUAUAAAUAUUUUGCUCUGUUCAGCGUUGUUUUUUCUUUAGUUCUCUUUAGCUUUUUAUUGAUUUAUUCAUCGUGAUUUUCUUUAAUGACUGAAGACGUUAUGACGAGUUGCACUAUGGAUUGAUUUCUUUUGUACGAUGUGUGUUUGAUUUACAGCGAUGCACUACAAUCUUUACGUCAUUUCAAGCCUUUUAUUUAUUCAACAUUUCUCAACUCAUUCUGCCUUUUUGGGAAAAAUGCAAUCAUAAUAUCUUUUUUUUAUUUCUUUUCUCUUUAAUUUCCUUUUCUCGCCUCUUCAAGUUCUUUUUUUCUCAAUCUAAUUGUAAAUAUAAUAAUAAUAAUUAUUAUUAUUAUUAAUACAGCAGUAUAAAGAAGGCAGUUGCUCUAAAUAUUUAUUACUGUGCUUAUACAUUUUGUUACCUUUUUCAUUUACUCUAUAUAAAAUUAAAGGUUAUUAAAGUGUAUAAAUGGACGGUGGGUGAAACUGAGUCGCACUGCUGAUGCUCUGUUUCCCUGUUUAACCGAAAUUCUUUUAUAAGAUGAAAAAAAAUAAAUGAAUUUGAUUUAUUGCUCCA